GUUGCGCUUCGUUAUUUCCAUGACCGAUGCCUCUGUUGAAAAUGACUAGGGUGGGAGGGUUUAAAGGGCAAAUAUGAUACUGCGAUGGUCUCGACGACAGUCCGGUCUCGCUCUCCAUUUACAAAUAUUACCAGCGCGAUUCCUAUUAAGUCAGCUUUUUACACAAUUCAACGUUUCGGCAUUAUGUCUUCAUCUUCCCGUGCUGUCUUCAAGCCUAGGAACGCCACCGGCUUCGGCCUUAUGGGCAUGACAUGGCGCCCCAAGCACACACCCGAUGAACAGGCCUUCGCAACCAUGAAGAAGGCCAUUGCCGAGGGUGCUACGUUUUGGUCGAGCGCCGACUACUACGGCAUGCCUGAACCAUCGGCAGGCUUGGCACUCAUAGGCCGAUAUUUCAAAACCUACCCUGAGGAUGCGGAUAAAGUCACACUCUUCAUUAAGUGUUGUGUCGAAUUUGGAACCUUGAGGCCAACAAAUCGACGUGACGAAGUUUUCGCAAGUGCUGAGGCUUGCUUUAAGCAUAUAGGCGGGGCUAAGAAGAUUGACAUCUUAGGCCCUGCCCGUGCGGAUCACGACGUACCUCUUGAAGAAACCUUGGGCGCGUUUCGGGAACUCGUAGAUGCUGGCAAGAUUGGCGGGGUAGGAAUGAGCGAAAUUGGUGCGCAGACAAUGGAGAAGGCCAAUUCCAUCUAUCCGCUCAGUUUGGUUGAAGUCGAGUUUUCACUAUGGACUCCUGACAUACUAUCGAACGGCGUAGCGGCUACGGCAAAGAGGCUUGAUGUUCCUCUCGCCGCUUACUCGCCCUUGGGUCGUGGUUUUUUAACAGGCCAGAUCAAAUCCGCCGACGAUAUUCCCGAAGGAGAUAUUCGUAAGCGAUUUGACCGUUUCCAGCCUGAGAAUUUCAACAAAAAUCUUGAGCUCGUGGAUAAACUGAAGUCUUUCGCUGAGAAGACGGGUGUUACUCCAGCUCAACUCGCUCUAGCUUGGAUCCGUGCAACAGCCAACUCAGCGCAAGCCGGUACCAUUAUUCCUAUCCCGGGUGCCACAUCGCCUACUCGUGUUGAAGAAAACACGAAGAAUGUUCAACUUUCACCAACGGACAAGGCAGAACUUGACAAUAUUCUUGCAUCAUUCAAAAUCCAGGGUGGCAGGUACAAUGCGGCGCUUGAGUCCUUGCUCUGGCGUUAAAAUUUAGGAUAUCUUGAGUUAUUUAUCGUGAUGUGUACGAGUAAUUAGAGAAGGCUUAAAUAGAUGUUAAAAAGAAAAAGCUAUGACGCCCUACAAAUUGAGUUGCGACCGUGAGUUAGGUGAAAUCCGGGAGCCUGCAUGGUGGGGGGUACACAAGCUCUUACAGUGCGUAUCUCACCAUCCUUCGAGGUAUCUGGC